AAUGGAGAAAUUGCACAUCCUAACGGUACUCGUGAUCGCAUCUGCAUCCACAGCUCUUGCCCUGGACUGGUACGGUCUAACACAGGCCAACUAUGCAGCCAUCCAGACGGGACUUGCACAACUGAACGAUGCAGCUACGCGGAUGAACCAAUCCAUCAUCGACCAACAGAACCGCAUCCAAGCAGCCCUGGAUGGUGUAGAUGAUUUUGUACGGCAGUCCGUGUUCGGAUUGAUGUUCCAGUAUCAAAACUUGAACAUAACUAUGGACCAAAUCACCAACAUCGGGGGCAAAAUUCAUAAGGCAGGCGACUACAAAUGGUACGUGUCGUACAUCGCAGAUGACUACAAGCGCAGUGUCACAUCCAAUGUGAUGAUUCCGGCUCAAUCGAUCGUGCAGAACAUUUUGAAUGCCAUGACGACCUUCUACUCUCAACAAUCGCAAAGUUGCGCUCAGCAGUAUGCCCCACAAUUGGUACAGGCUCGGCUCUCUGUUGGUCGGCUGCAGCAGUGCAUCCUGAUGGCUACCCCGUACUUUGAGUUAGUGGCCAACACCACCACGGUAAUGUUCGGCAGCGGCAUAAGCGGCGCAAAAACCAUACUCAAGUAUUUGGAUUUAUGCUCACCCAAUUCGACCACCUGUGUGACGAAGUUCUUCAACGAUGUGCCGAACCUGAUGAAUAAUUUGAUUAUAUCCUUAAUGAAUCUACAAGGAAUCCCCGAAUCAAUUAUGAGCCCGGGAGUACCGGCCGUUAAGGAAUGCGUUGAUUUGAUAUCGGUGGAUAUAAAGCAAGUACUGCAAGGGCUUGUUAACAAAACGAAUUCCUGCUAAGGUACAAUCACUGAUGUAGACUUGUGAAUGAAAAUGGUGAGCACAUUCAUAAAUUCGGCAUGAUUUAAAUGAUUAAAAAAAUAAACGGUAUACAUGCAAUUUAGUUAACUUGUUUUAUAACUUUCCGUUUCUAGUCGGAGAUGCUUAAUGUAAAUAUCGGACUCAAAGU